AUGAUGAAUCUGCUGAAGGACCGGUCGGCGUCUCCUGCGCGUGACCUGUCUGCGGAGCGGCGGGAGAAGCGGGAGAAGCGGCGCGAGAAGCGGCGCGCCGAGCGCGAGCGCGACCCCGCCGCGGAGAAGUCGAGCCAGAAGGCGGCGACGCAGUCUCUCUUCCCUCCGGGAGGAGACCUGGCGCAGUACGUCUACGACUACCACACGUACUGGUACGUGACGCACGACCAGGUGUGGUGGUACCGGCCGGACAUCACGCUCUGGUACGACUCCCGCUCCGGAUGCUACUACUCUUACGACGGAGCGGACUAUGGCAAGAAGGACUCGAAUGAGGACCGCUUCAUCGAGAUGGUUGGGUCGGCCGCCCUUGGCACCGCGUGA